UUGAUUCAGUAGUGCAGUGUUUUUCUAGAAUUAGUACUUUAUUUUUAAUAACCCCGAGCUUUUGUUACAGAAUAAUGUCACAUUUCUAACAAUUAUAAACGUAAAGCAUACCAAAUAUAAAAAAUGGGCUGCACGCAGAGUGAAAUUUCUCCACAAAAUGAAACCCCUCGAAAAGGAUGUACAGAUGUUUUAUGGCUAGUUCUGUACAUAAUUUUUUGGAUUUUAAUGCUCAUUGUUGCAAUAAUAUCAUUCAUGUAUGGAAAUCCUCAACGCCUUAUAAAUGGAUUCGAUUCUUUCGGUAAUACCUGUGGAGUCAAGAGCAAUAAAAAAUUGAUUGAGCAUCCAUCAUCUGGAAUAAGUACUGUGGACAAAUCUUACCUUUUCUUUAUGGAUGUGAAAGAACUAAGAAGAUCUCUCAAAAUAUGCGUGAAGCAGUGUCCCAACAAGAACAUGGAAACCUUGUCGGACCUACAGAAUUUCUACAAGGAGACUGGCUCCAACUUAUGUACUUAUGAAACUAAUCUGAACAGUGUGUAUAAUACUAAAGACUUGCAUGGUUCUUAUGGACCAUGUCCCACUAUACCAGUAUACGAGUCCUUUCCACUUUUAAAUAGAUGCUUUCCAAGAUCAGCUAAGGAUGUCACUCAAAAAGUGUUCAAAGACUUCUACAAUCUGCUGAACAGUUGGGAUACUGUUGAACAAAUGCUAUCAGAUUUAUACUCUUCUUGGAAAGAAAUGAUUAUAUGUGUUAUUAUAGCCUUUAUUUUUUCCUUGAUAAUGGUUUCAAUAUUACAUCUGCUGGCUUCACUAGUAUCAUGGAUAUUCAUGAUAGUAGUAUCAAUAGCGAGUGUAGUUGGUACAGGCCUGCUAUGGUAUACAUAUUAUGAGUUGAGGACAAAGCAGAAAGAUUUUACCGACACAACAAUAUUUUUAGCUGAAUCAUUGAAAAAUGAAAAGGCAUUUUUGUGGUACUCAAUUAUUGCUACAAUCAUAACGAUUAUUUUAUUGCUGUUGGUAUUUGUGAUGAGAAGUCGUGUGUCAUUUUUGGCUGCACUAUUUAAGGAAACAGCUCAUUGUUUAGGCUCAAUACCGGCUCUCUUUCUACAACCUAUUAUCACAUUCUUCUUCCUGGUGAUUUUCUUUGCAUUUUGGUCUACAGUUGUGGUAUGUUUAGCUACAGCUAAUUAUCCUGGUAUACCGUAUAAGACGAAUUUUAUUAUAAAUGGCACUCUUCCUAAUAAUAACGGCAUCCAAACACAAAAUGCAACACAAAAACACUUUUUGGAGCGUAUUGAGUUCGACCCGGUGUGGGUGAAGAGUAUGUGGUGGAUGUGCCUCAUCUCUCUGAUAUGGGGCAGCGAGUUCAUACUUGGAUGCCAACAGAUGACCAUAGCUGGGGCUGUCUCGCAUUGGUACUUCAGAGGGCCAAAUUCACAUCCAUCACCAGUGAUGUACUCAAUCGGCAAACUACUAAAGUACCAUUUGGGUUCCGUAGCCAAAGGCUCGUUCCUGAUUACGCUGUUCAAGAUACCACGUCUCAUCCUGACCUACUUACACGCGAAAUUAUCAGCGCGGGCGGAGAAAGGCUCUGAUUGUGCGAAGUGCGGCCUCAAAUGCGGCAUAUGUUGCUUCUACUGCCUGGAGAAGUUCAUACGUUACCUCAAUCACAAUGCGUACACAAUUAUCACUAUUGAGCGAGUGCACUUUUGCAAGGCGGCUGCUAAGGCAUUCAGUACUAUAGUGAACAAUGCGUUACAAGUAGCUACCAUCAACAGUGUGGGAGAUUUCAUACUGUUUCUCGGCAAGUGUAUAGUGACAGCUGUGACUGGCAGCAUCGGCCUCAUACUGCUCAAGAGAAACUCCAAUCUCCACUUCUUCGCUGUACCCACAUUAGUGAUAUGUAUCUUCUCGUUCUUCAUUGCCCACUGUAUACUGUCACUGUAUGAGAUGGUGGUGGACUCGCUAUUCCUAUGCGUGUGCGAGGACCGCAACAUGAACAGCGACGGGCAGUGGCAGCACUCGCGCCUGGCCGAGCUCGGCGGACACAAGCGAACGCCGAAUGACGCCGAAAUGGAGGACCUUAACAAGUACUAGAUUUUACUGACAAGUAAUUUUCGAAAUGGAAUCCUGCCAUAAUAACCUUAUGCACCUUUUAGAAUAAUUUCUUAAUAGUCUUUAAGUAUUUUUGACUUGCUUUACGCUGACUGUAGACAUUAUUUUGCUUUAGGUAUUUAUAUUUUAUAGAGACUAUUGUCCAAAUAGCUCAAAUAAUAAUUAAAAAAGAAUACUAAUUUUAUCUCUUUUGAGAAGUUACAUUAAGUCAUAAGAAUCAUGUGACAUAACGUCGUUGCGCCUGCCAAAUCCUGUAUAUAUUACUAGCCCAGUAAGGUUAGUUCAGCCUAGUGGGAAUCUGAAAUUAAUUAUAGUCAGAAUUUUUUUUUUUGCACCUAUGUUUAGGGG